UUUCGCUUCACUCAUUUUUGACGGAUUCUUUUCCGGUUUGUUUCUUGAACGUGUUGAAUCACAAUGAGAACGAUCAACUCUAACCAGACGGUCACCAUCCCGAAGGGAGUAUCUGCCAAAGUCCAUGCCCGUGUCGUUACAGUAUACGGACCGCGCGGGAAGCUAAGCAAAAGCUUCCGACAUUUGGCAAUGGAUGUCUACAAGGUGUCCAAGAAAAAGCUAAUGGUGGAGAAAUGGUUCGGAUCCAAGAAGGAAAUCGCCGCUGUCCGCACUGUUUGCUCGCACAUCGAAAACAUGAUUAAAGGAGUGACCAAGGGUUUCCAAUACAAGAUGCGCGCUGUACACGCUCAUUUCCCCAUCAACUGCGUCAUUAGUGAAAAUAACUCGUUAGUGGAAAUUCGCAACUUUUUGGGCGAAAAACACAUCCGUCGAGUAAAGAUGCAGCCCGGAGUAACUGUAGUAAAUUCUGCCAAACAGAAAGAUGAGCUGAUUCUCGAGGGUAACGACAUCGAGGCCGUUUCCUUAUCUGCCGCGCUCAUACAGCAGUCGACUACAGUACGAAACAAGGAUAUCCGUAAAUUCUUGGAUGGUCUCUAUGUUUCGGAAAAGACGACCGUAGUGCAGGAGGAAGAAUAGGGGUAAAUAUUUUUUCUUGUAACGAGCGAUGUAAGGAAUGAAAACAAACGUUUUGAAAAAUUGAAAACAA